UGAAGUUAACCAAAUUUUGUCCACUAAUAAAUUGCUUAAAUGUAAAAUAAUUGCAGGCAGAUAUGACGAAUCUAUGGGUUGCUACAGACCUUGGCUCCAUACGGGGGGUUUGCCUAAAAACAGAGCAGAACACUGUUGUUACCUACGAUGAGAUAUCAAAAAAGAAUGAAAUAGUUUCCCUAACUUCCUCAGAGAAUGGCCAGGAGCUCUACUGUACUCUCAAAUCAGAUCUUAUCAACGUAUUUGAUAUGUCUCAAAAUAUAUACGUUAAUCAAUAUGAUAUGGAAGGAGAAUUGCUCACCGCAUUUGAUAUUGGUGAGCAGCUUUUGUCUGUUGCUAAAAACGGGCAGGUAUACGUUUGGCGUGAUGAAGAAGUUGCAGCAAAGUUCAAAAUAGGAGAAAGUAUAGAAUGUUGUGUGAAGUCCCAUGAUGGUAAGAUAAUUAGUGGUGGUAAAGAGAAUGAGUUAAAAGUAUGGGAUAUAGAAACUCAGAAACCAGUGUUCACAUCCAAAAAUGUUCCCAGGGACACUCUGGACAUCAGAGUCCCAGUUUGGAUCAGAUCAAUAGCUUCACAACCUUCAGACAGUAAUAUCCUGAGUGUAGGAACUCAUUACCAUCAGUACCGACAGUACGAUACACGUGUCAAGCGACGUCCAAUCCUUGAUAAAUCCUGGGGUGAACUCCCCAUACUGUCCAUGACUGCUAAUGAUACUCACUGCUACAUGGGUAACGGUAAAGGAGACAUUGGUCGAAUAGAUUACAGAAAUACAACAGAAGUUAACAAGUUUAAAGGAGCAGUCGGAAGUGUCCGGUCUCUGGCUCUACAUUCCAAGGAACCGUUCCUAGCGAGUGUAGGUCUAGAUAGGUUCCUGAGAGUGCACAAUACUCUUACUAAAGAAAUAGAAAACAAGUUCUAUUUGAAGAAUAAGAUGAACUGUGUAGUGUUUACUAACGAGCGGAUUAAGGAGAAGGAGGAGGGGGAGGAUAUUUGGGAGCAGCUGGAGGAGACUGGAGCUAAACGGAGAAAACUUGAGGGAUAAGUUUAUUAGUUUAAUUAGGUGGUUUUAUCUUAAUUUAUUUGCUUUUAUUGACUGAAUCCAGAUUAUUUUCAAGUAACAAGUUCUGAGUUUUACUGCAUAUUAGAUUAGGUACUCUAUCAUCAUUAAGUUUACAUCUUGUACAUGUUAAUGAUCUGCUGCUAUAUUUAAGGUAUCGUAUGUAUGCGUGUAGGUGUAGUACCGCUAAAACUAUCAUAUAUUAUCAUUUUGUCUUCAAACGAUACCUUUCACGGGCUAAGAUUACUCCUUUGACAGUUAUUCAGGAAAAAUGUUAACAAAUCAUAAAAAUGUUAACAAAUUAUAUACCUUCAUAUGAUUAACAAGUGCCGCAUGCUCUGAACACAGUAUUAAUAUGACUUGUUAGGGAAUGUGUUAAAACACUCUCUUAACUAUAAGAUGCGCGUGGAAUCUUAUAAAUGUCCUUUGUCAUUCUUUUGGCAAACUUUGUUUAUAUGGACUGCAUAAUGAUCGCUGUUCAUUUCAAUAAGUACUUGUCUCUCCCUUGUUGGAUCAAGAAAGUGGUCAGAUGGAGAUUGUUAUACAUUUUUAAAAACUGUUACCACCGCUUCAAAUUAGUAUAUUUAAUCGUGGUGUUCGGAUGGUUUAUACUUAUGAUUUUUAUGACCGCAAAUAAUUAUUUGGGCAAUGUCGUUGCUUGCUGACGAUAUAUUCCAAA